AUGACAGCUACUUUCGUCCUCGUCACAUUCAUGCUCUGUAGCAUGUGCUAUGGGACGAUACUGAGAUUUCUGAUCAAAAAUCGGUUCAGUAAUAGCGGGGCCUUGAAACGGGAGCGGAGGCUAUAUGUGCAGAUGCUGGGACUGUUUGUCGGUUUCGUCCUUCUUGUCGUCUUCUACAUCCUGCAGUUUACAUUCUCACUUCAUUCCAAUGUAGGAGAUAGAGGAUAUUUAGCACCUUGCAACAGCAGAAAACAAGAAAAGUUAACAACCGGGAACAUCUUCCACAAAGGCAAGUACGACCCACCUUGCUGA